AUGGGUGACUCGGUAGACCGUGUAUUCGUCCAUGCCCUCAACACGGUCAAGAAGAUACCCAAGACUGGCGCAUCACGGCCGCCGCCGUCCGACCGUCUCCGCCUCUAUGGACUCUACAAGCAAGCCAUGGAGGGUGACGUUGACGGCGUCAUGGAGCAACCCACCGCCGGGCCGUUCCUCACAGCUGAAGAGCUUCGCAGGGAGAGAGACAAGUGGGAUGCCUGGAACUCGCAAAAGGGCCUGAGCCGAACGGAAGCCAAACGGAGAUAUGUGGAAGCGCUUAUCGACACCAUGUACCGAUAUGCCAACACGAGCGACGCCAUCGAGCUCGUCACCGAGCUAGAGUUUGUUUGGAAUCAAAUCAAGCACAACUCGCCGAGCUCGACAGACUCGUCCCCGAAGGCGCCCGUGUCCGCCAACAAGGCGCCUCGCACGUUCCAAGAACCCCUCAGUGGCAGCGACGGACCCAUGAAAAUAUUGAGCCCCAUGAGCGAGCAAGACGAGGCCGAAUUACGGUCUCAACGCAUGAUGGACCUGGACGAUGCCGUGGAGGAAGGCCGAGACGCAGAGAACCAAGCCCAGAAGUCGUCGAGGUGGCAGAAAAAGGUCGAGCGCGCCGUGACCAAGCUGUCAGCAGAGGUCGCCGCUUUGCGAGAACAGAUUACCACUGGCAGGGAGUGGCGAUCAAAGAAGGAGCGAAGCUUCCCCGCUUGGUUUGGCUGGCUGCUCUGGGUGUUCCUCAAGCACUUGCUGGUGGAUUGCGCCAUCCUCGCCAUUGUCUUGAUAUGGAUGCGGAAACGCGGGGACAGGCGUCUGGAAGACUUGGUCCGGUCGGCACUGAGGAUUGUGCGAGAAUACGCUCGAAACGUCGUACCGUCGCGGUGA